AUGUGGGUCAACGCUGGAAACUCGCUGGUCUUUGGACUGAUGGGCUUGUUCUGCAUUCUCUCCCCUAUUUUCGUCAACUGGAUUGGGGUCAAGAACACAUUGAUUGCUGGUACUCUGGGCUGGUCCGUCUACAGCGCGGCUCUUUAUCAGAACAAUCGCUUUGGCACUGAGUGGUUUGUCAUCUUCGGUGCCGCCAUUUGCGGUGUUAGCGCAGGCCUGUAUUGGGCCGCCGAGGGAGCCAUCAUCCUCUCAUAUCCCGAGCAUGCAAAGCGAGGACGCUAUCUCGCUCUUUGGCUUGGCUUCAAGAACAGUGGACAGCUCAUCGGUGGUGCCAUCAAUCUCGGCCUCAAUGCCAAUCGCUCAACAGGCGGCAAAGUGUCCUAUGUGACUAUCCUUGUCUUUGUCUGCUUGCAAGUCCUCUCUUUUCCCGUGGCAUUUUUGCUUGCCCCUCCAGAUAAGACACAGCGACCGGAUGGCACGCAUAUCAUUGUCGAGGCCAAGACCCCAGCGAAGGAACAGCUGCGAAUGCUGUGGAAGACAAUCACGACACGCAAAAUCGGACUCUUGUUGCCGAUUUUCUUUUCCAGUUGGUUCUAUUGGGGCUAUGCGUCGACAUACCUGACCUUGUACUUUACUGUCCGAGCUCGAGCUCUGGCUUCGUUCUUGUCUGCCAUCACCGGUACCCUUGCAUGCAUCCUCUUUGGCAUCUUCCUCGACUCUAGCAAGAUCACGGUCAAGUCCCGUAUCCGCUACGGCUUCAUCUUCUCCGCUGGCCUCUUUACUUCUCUUUGGAUCUGGGUGCUUAUCGUUCAGCACGGCUUCCAACAGAAGCGCCCUGACUACCUCGAUUGGACCUCGCCAGGUUUUGGUCGGGCAUUUGGCAUCUACAUCAUGCUACAGACGAGCGGAAAUAUGGUGCAGAACUACUUGUACUUCCUCAUUGGUACGAUUGGUGACGGCACACUGGAGCUGAGCCGGUCGACGGGCUUGUUGCGCGGUGUGGAGAGUUGGGGACAGUGCGCAGCGUUUGGUAUUAACAGCAGUAAAUUCUCGCCUUUUUAUACAACAGUUAUCAACGUUGUUUUUUGGACGGUCAGCUUGUUUCCGGCCGUCUUGACCAUCUGGAAGGUUGAGGACCGUGUUAGUUACGAGAGUGAGGCGGACGGCUUACCAGAGCAUGCGACUGAAAAAGACGAUGCUACAGAGGAGUCUGCAAAUAAGGCAACCGUUUGA